AGACAACAGCUCCAAAUCACUCGCUCGUGAUCUGGUCAGUUUUCAAGCAUUUCGCAAAGGGGAUGCUACCACAAAGCAUAGUGGAUGGCACAUGCUUCCGCUCACGGGAAAUCUAACUGCUGUUUGUUUAUAUAGAAACGACUGGCACAGCCUCACACAACUACAGCUGGGCCAUUUUUAAGCCUACAGAACCAUUAUCACUUUAAUCAAAACAAGUUGGAAUGCAGAUAUAUGCUGUUUAACGUUGUUCUGGUUUGUACUAGCCUGUGGCCUUGAAUGAGAACAAAAAGCACAACACAUAACAUACCCGGAAACUGAGACUGGAAUAAAUGGCUUCAUUCGCUCUGUGUACUGCCAAGUACAGCAGAGACCAUUCACUAUUGACAUAAGGCUGGUGACACCAGGGUACAGGUACUUCCCGAGGUGCAUUCACACAGGUCUUCAUGGUUUAAUCAGCCAACCGGAACAACAUGAGGGAAAACCAAAUACAUAUGUAAACUUUUGGACAAUGAGCGAGGCUACGAAACACGGUGGCAAAAGUCACGGCAUCUCAAGUAACUGCUCUGUAAGGGAAAUACUGAGGUUUUUACGCCGACUGGACUGCGCUUUGUACGAGGGACUAACUCUAGGUGUAGUAAUAUCCUCUUUAAAAUUCUGACUGCUGACUGCACACUGAUUCUAACUCUGAUGGCACUGUGGCAAAAAGAGAUAUCCAACAAGCCAACCUACUGUGUGGUAUGAAUGAGCAGCUACACUUUGUGUGGGGUUGAAUGAUCAGUGGACCCAACUGUGUGCUGUACUGUGGGGUGAAUCAUAAAAUAUCUAUUUCUGUCACUGUAUCUAACUAUGUGAGGUUGAAUGAUAUUUUUGGUUUACAGACAAUCUUGGUGUCAUUGUCAAGAACAAGUUUAGGACAUUAUCAAACACAAGUGAGCCUGGAUAAAUAAAAGCAUUGGCAAUCAGUGAGAAAUCUGGAAUCCUUCAACAUGUCUGACAACAAAAAGCCUCCACACAGCGAGCAAGCUCGUCUCCAUCACCAGCGGAGCUCCAGCCUGACUGAGUCUUUGACCCUCCACUGGCCACAACUGUCCUCGCCGGUGUUUUACAUGCGCAACAGCAUGCAGCGGGGCAUCAAUGCCAGUUUUGACCAGAGAACAAUGGAAGACCACGGAGUGGAGACUGAAGAGUCUCCGCCUGCCUUGGAAAUCCAUCUUCCCAAUGAACACUGCGUCAAUCUGCGGCCUCGAAACAGAAGAUGUAACAGAACACGAAUGGUCUCCUUGCCUGACAGCCAUUUUGACUCACACCAAGACUUUUUGUCUGCAGUCGGUGACACCAGCCAAACCUCAUCACUCCCCACUCAGCAAAGCCCAUCACCCAGUCAGGAGGUUUCUGACCAUUCAUCGGCAACAUGUAAUUGGGAAGAGGAAGAUCCAUACAUCACCAUGUUACCCUUGAAGCUCGGCACACCACUGGGAAACAACUGGAAUAGUGCAUAUGAAAACAUGCCCCCUGACGAAACCCUAAAUACUGGUGACAUCACAGCAGCCACUGUUCUUCAUGACAUUGCACACAAUCAUCUUACCUGCAAUUUGUGCAACCGGCGUUACUCAGAGCCCAAGCUGCUGGACUGCCUGCACAACUACUGCGCACACUGCCUAGAAAGUCUGCUAGAGAACAGUGAGGGUCCAAAGCGAAGUGUGAUUGAUUGCCCCAUUUGCCACAAAGCCACUGAGCUGACGGGGGAGAACGCUGUGGCACAACUCCGAGAUAGUACCCAGAUUGGGGCCCUCCUUGAGGAUGUGGAGAGGUUGGAGGGCUACCUGAGAGGGUCAAAGAUUAAGGCCUCACCUCAACAACGUGCUGAAGACGGACAGACACUGUGCCUGGAUGACAAAGGGUCCACAAGCAGUGCUCCUGCUGCGACACAACACGGCUGUUUGAAUGAGGAUGAUCAGUCUGGAAAAACAUGUACCAAACACCCAGGAAAACACCUCAAACUAUUCUGCAAGGCCUGUCAGAAGUUGAUUUGCAGGGAAUGCACGAUAUAUGACCACCAUGCAUCCCAGCACACGUACGUGGAUGCUGCAUCGACUGUGGCUGCAUGUAAAAACACACUAACUGAAAUGCUGCCCAUGCUGAGAAGAGACCGGGAGGAAUUCACGCAGGCAGCAAGCUCGGCCAGGAAUGCCUACUGCCGACUCCAAAUGAUGAUCCAAGGCACCUUGAACAAGAUGCUCCAGACGGAGGAACAGGAAGUUGCUAGAGUAAGAGCUAAAUGUGCUCACAUGCGAAUGGAGGCAAUUGAAUUGGCCAAGGAGCGUGCAGGCCAGAUAGAAAAAAUAUAUGCAGGGCACUUCAAUCGUGCACAGAGAGCCAGUCGCACAGUGGGCAGGAUCAAGCAGACCCUGGACCACUCGACUAACCUGGAUAUCCUCAAAAUGAAGGAGAGCCUCUUUGAAGACAUUGCAACCGUCAUCAACAAGGAGGUGAUCACCCAGGCGCAUAACCUCUCCUUUCUGGACUUCAGGGGCUGUUCGCCCAGCCAGCAGCCCAACACUGCCUUCGGUCAACUUCUGACGAAGGAACGGUGGAAGAUGAGGAGAGAGUUUGGAUUGCAGCCCACAAAGCUGUUCAAACAGGUCGGCUUUGUGGCAGUGUACUCCAAUGGAGACGUUGCAGCUACAGAUGUGGAAACCUGGACACUGACUGUGGUUGGCGGUAAACGUCACAAAAGUAAUUUGAAGGGGAUGAACGAACUCAGCAAGAAUGUGCUGAUCAGACCUUAUGCAAUAGCAAUCAACACGAAUGAUGAACUGGUCAUCAUAGACAACUCUAGAGUUAAGAUGUACGAUAUACACAUGAAGUUUCUCACUCAAGUCCCCACCUCCUUCCCAGAGCAUUUAGUAAAGAACACCUUUGGCAACAUCCUUUCUUGCCUGGCCCUGGACAAGAACAACAAGAUUGCCGUGGGGCAUCGCGGCAAGGAGAUUGUCUCCCUGCAUCAGGCAAAUGGCGAUCUGAUCAGUGUGGUGCCUGCUAAAAUGAUUGACACCCAACUGGCAAUCAGCCCGCAGCAAAGGCUGGUCUAUACCAACUACGAGGCCAGGAAAGUGAUCUCCAUAGACUUCAAUGGUGAGCAGGUGUUCUGUGUGGACACCCUUGACAAGAAACCGACUGGAGUGUGCUGUGACAACGCUGGAUACAUCUAUGUGGCCAUGCACACAGAAAGUAUCGGUCAGUGUGAAGUCCAUCAAUUUGAUCCCGAUGGCGUAGCUAUGGGAUGCGUGGUGAACAAAUUAGAAAACCCCCUUGGGUUGACCUUCUCUAGAAAUGAGGAAAUAGUGGUGGCAGACAAAUACUCAGUUAAGAUGUAUCACAGAACCUGAACAGAAUGGGUUACAACAUUGGACAGACAGGGUAAGGUUAUCAUAGGAUUAAGAAAAAUUUCAAUCAUUUUGUUUAAAUGAAAUGUGAUCUGUGAAAAACAUUGGAUGUCGCCGGACUUGUUUUGGAGAUAAUGGCAAAAUAGUCUCUAAUUUUUUGGACAAUUUCUGAUUUUUUGGCUACCAUUUCUAUUGUUUAUAGCCAAAUAAUUCUUUUUUAUUUUUUAGAGUUGCAAUCCAGUAGUCAGUCAAUUUUGUGUUCAGUAAUGUAAAUGGAAUUUUUACUCAGAACUUUAAACCUUGAUUUCUAUUCUCAAUAUGAGGUCAGCCACUUUUUUAUAACUUUCCAAGAGCUUAACUCAAGUAACAGACAAGCUAGAAUGAGGAACUAACCAGUUUGAAAAUGGUACAGUGUCCUUAUGAAGUUGAUGUAUACAAUAUAAAGAUGACAAAUUUCACCAUGUACAGAGAGUUCUCCCAGAUCAUAUCACAAAUAUAAUGCACCACUGUUACAGAACAAGCUGAAAUUCCACGAAAUCAAAUUUCUUCUGAAAAAAAGUAAACUUCAUCUUUCUGAUUUUGAAGAUUUUUGAUAAGCUGCUACCUCAAAGAGAAAAACCAAUGUAUUAAACCACAGUUACAUGUCAUUUUUUUUGUAAAGGGGAUGUGAGGCACAGUGUACUGCGUUAUGAAAAAUCCCAAAGUAAUGGGUUGUGGUUCUGCAUUCUUGUAGCUGAGUUAGUUAUUUUCAGAUGUAAAGCAGCCCGGGGACUGGUGAUUUUCUAACUUCCUCCCCUACAAAGGGGGCAUGUGGCCAAGUGGUUAGGGCAUGUGGCUUCCAAUCAUAAGGUUGGAGGUUCGAAUCCAGCUGCUGGCA